GUAUCAAAAUAAGAUAACGACUAUAAUGAAACCAUCGGUGUAUAUACAUGUUAAACACUCACAUUCAUUUAUUUCAAUUUAAUUAACUUCUAAAAUAAACUAUUUCUCGCGAAGCCAGGAAGACUUUUUUAGAUUAUACCAUUACUAUAUUCCGGACUUUCUGGUAUGGGGGCUAAGCAAUCAUUUCCUAGAGAACAGAUACCGCAAAACAGAACAUUUGUUGUUACAGGAGCAAAUAGAGGUAUAGGAUAUGAGAUCGCAAAAUGGAUAGCAAUGUUGGGAGGUACUGUAGUGAUGGCAUGUAGAUCUGAAGACGAAACAAUGAAGGCAAUGCGCCAGAUGGACCAGGAGUAUAAGGAAGAGAAAGCAAAGGGAACUGAAGGUUUAGUUGACGUCCCAGAACUUUCUCUCGUCUUCAUGGAACUCGACCUGUCAUCUUUCAAGUCCACUAAAGCGUUUGUACAAGCAUACAAAGAUUCUGGUAGACCACUCCAUGUAUUAAUUUGUAAUGCAGGAAUAAGUAAAGCUAAACCAGAACAAACAGAAGAUGGGUUUGAAUUCAUGUUACAGGUGAAUUACCUCAGUCAUUUUCUGAUGAUUGGUCAAUUGUUGCCGAUGAUGAAGAAGAACGAGAGCGAGACCAGAAUCGUCCUGGUUUCAAGUGAUGCGCAUAAAAUGUGCGGGUAUAAUUUAGAAGCCAUUAACUACCAAGGAGAUCCUUCGAACUUUGGUGUUUUAGAUUACUAUGGUAGAUCAAAGUUAUAUCAGAUAAUGCAAAUGCAUUGUCUUCACCGAAGGCUACGAAACUCCAAUAUUUCUGUUACCAGCGCUCACCCUGGAAUGGUUGAAACAAAAAUCGGAGCGGAAUUUAAAGACAGAACAGCUUACCAGCUAUUUCUGAAAAUGAGCCGUCUUGUGGGUGUGAUGCGUACACCCAUUCAAGGUGCCACUACAAUCAUCAAUAGUGCAGUAAAUCCAGAUUUGAAAUCAGUCAGUGGAGUUUAUUUUAAAGACUGUCAGCCAGCAUCAACAACAUCAGUCUCAAGAGACGAAGUUAAACAGGAAGAGCUGUGGAAUAAAACGCUGGAAUUUUUAAAGGGCCAUUUUACAGAAGAAGAAAUAUACUGUUUAGAAGGGGCUGAUCCCACUGAGACAUUAAGUGACUGAACGAUAACAUGUAUACAUAUAAUUUGACAUAGUAACAUGGAAAUGGGAAAAUCAAAGCAGCUAUGUUCUGAAAAUUUGGUUAUUCCAUUUGCUUUAGCAACUAAGAAAUCAAUGUCAUACAUCUAAACGUACUUUUUACUUCAAGUUGAAAUGAAAAUGAUACUGAGCUCAAAAAAUGAACAUUAGAACUAUUAUUGUUCGAUAUUUAUUCGGGUUAAUGCACUCCUUGUCAUGUUUUAUCUUCUAAAUUCUAAAACUUGAAAGUAAACGUAAAAUGUGUUUGUAAUAGCGACUUCAAUUUUGUCUUCUCGUUUCUUGCCUUUGUCAGUGAACGGUGUAAAUGUUAACGAGAUCUGUUAAAGCAUUACCGUUUUGUAACGCAACAGUUUAUGUUUAUCUAUAAUUAAGUCACUUUUUAUAAGUCCUGAGUAAAUUUUUGUUUUGCUAUUGAACAAGUCACCAACAUUGUCCAUUGUCGGUUUCAUAUUGCAUAUCAUAAAUCACUUUCUGACGUAAAAUAUGUGCAGCAGUAACAUGCCAAAAUAAGUCAUUUGCUUUACGAGCAAAAAUUAAACCUGACAACAACACAUCUUCUUAUCUAAGUGAUCAGUUUUUUGUUUAAUAAAUGUUAUACAAAAUAU